GGGGGGGGAACAACAACAGCCUUUAUGGAUCAUGUGCGCGCUUCAUUGCUGCACAGCUCUACAUCCAAGGCGUCCUCUGUAUGAAAAAAUGUUCCACUUUCACCUCUUGGCAAAAGGAGGGAGGGAGAAUGAGGGGAAAACUGCUGUGAAAGUACAUCCAGAAGCUCUGCUCUGUUUGUGUAAGCUCUUUCCCUUGUGAAUUUUGUUGUGAUCUUUGAGCUGGUGGCUUUUUGCACUAUGUUGGGCAAAUAAAUCUGCCCUGAAACAUUCUGUCAUCAGACUUUCCAUACCACGGUGUUUUUCUUGCAGUGUGGCACGGAGUAUUCAGGAGUCCCCAGGAAUCCGAAAACUUGGGGAACCCUCAGCAGCUCCUGGUGGAUAUGGGAGGCAUUCAUGGCACACAGGAAUCAGGCAGGGGUUCCUCCUUUGUCAAGGAACCUCACGGUUCCCCAGUCCUGUGUCUUGUCUGUGUCUUGUUUCUCAUCUGUAUUUGAACUACGCACACUUCUAGUUUGGAGUGGUUGGGAAAUAAUUGCAUUGAUAUGGGUAGAGGAGGAGAAGGGUUGCACGGAGGGGUUAUUUUGCAGUAUUUUUAGUGCAACUACGCUUGAUGGAUUGUUUCUGGUCUUGGCCAACUCCACUGACUUACAGGAAAGAAGGGAUCCGGGGGAGGUGAUCUCUCCCCGAACUGUAGUUGUUUGCAAUAUAAACAGCUGAGCUAUUCCUCAGAGCCUCUCUUAGAGAAAAACAAAACAAAACCAGGCAUUUUUGGGGUGAGUUCUAAUGUAGACAAAUGAUGCAAAUUACACCCUCCAAGUGCUUAUCAGCUUGGCUUUGUGAAUGCUACCUGUGGUUAGCUGGAGUGAUUCCUGACAACAACAGGCUAAGGAGAAGAUCCAUAAAAAUUCCUUGGAAAUAGACUGUUUUCUUCUGUUAUAACUCCAAUGUGGGGACCCUUUCCCUCCUAGAAGCUUUCUGCUGUUUGAGUCUGAUCAGGGGGGUUUGGCAGCGUGCUCCUUGAGCUCACUGGGGCUCUUUGGUUGCUUCCAGAGGAGAUUCAAGUUGGAUAUUAGGGAACGCUUCACCAAAAAGAGUGGUGAUGCAGUGGCACAGCUGCCCAGGGAGGUGCUGGAGUCACACAUCCUGGAGGUGUUCAGGAGCCGUGAAGAUGUAGCACUGAGGGAUGUGGGUAGUGGGCAUGGUGGGGUGGGUCGGUGGUUGGUCUUGGUGAUUUUAGAGGUCUUUUCCAACCUUCAUGAUUCUGUGAUUCUUUGUGGGGCUGCAGCCAACGCCUUGUGCUGGGCCAGUGGGAUGGGACCAGAGUUCUUCAGUAGAAAGGGGGGGUGAGUGCACCCUCAGUGCUGUACAGCUUAGCUUUGUACUUGUACUGCUAAUCUCUGUUAUAUUUAGGGCUGGGAAAAUUGUCUGUUGACAUGCAUUUGCUUCAUAAUACGUUCCUCUGUCCCCAAGAAGCAUACGGUCUUGUAGGAAGGGCUGGUAUGAAGCAAGCUGAUACGCAGCUAUUUGUCCUCCCUUUUUGGGUUACGUAGGAGUGGGAGAGAUGCCAAAUAUUUUGCUUGUUUUGCAGCAAGCGUGUAAUCGCAUACAACGCGUUUCUGCUUUAGAUCUAUGGAGCUUCAGGAGAUGAAUUCAAAUGCAGGAGUUGGUUUAGAUUUUAGUAACUGAUGUCCCAAUGUAAUAUCAGCUUGAAGAAGCAGAGAAGUCGGAGUAUCUUUAGCACCUUAUUCUGCUGCUUUCGUGACUACAAUGUCGAACCACCAUCUACCAACAGCACCAGUGCUCUUCCUCCUUUGGUGGAGGAGAAUGGAGGACUUCAGAAGGGUGACCAGAUGCAGGUCAUGCCUAUACCAAGUCCACCAGCUAAAUACCUCCUGCCAGAACUGACAGCAUCAGACUAUGGGAAGAAGUGUGUGGUCAUUGAUUUAGAUGAAACUUUAGUGCACAGUUCAUUUAAGCCAAUUAGCAAUGCUGAUUUCAUCGUUCCCGUUGAAAUCGAUGGAACCAUACAUCAGGUUUAUGUAUUGAAACGACCACAUGUGGAUGAAUUUCUUCAAAGGAUGGGAGAGCUCUUUGAAUGUGUUCUCUUCACAGCAAGUCUAGCCAAGUAUGCAGACCCAGUAGCCGACUUACUGGAUCGCUGGGGUGUGUUCAGGGCAAGGCUAUUUAGAGAAUCCUGUGUUUUCCACCGGGGCAAUUACGUGAAGGAUCUGAGUCGGCUGGGACGUGAGCUGAGUAAAGUUAUCAUAGUGGAUAAUUCUCCUGCAUCUUACAUCUUCCAUCCUGAAAAUGCAGUGCCUGUGCAGUCCUGGUUUGAUGACAUGACAGACACAGAGCUGCUAGAUCUUAUUCCUUUCUUUGAAGGACUAAGCAAAGAGGAAGAAGUUUACAGUAUGCUUCAUAAACUCUGCAACAGGUAGCCCUUAACUUUGACUGACUUCUGCUACUAGGUUGCAGUUGCUAGAGGAUGUCUCCAUCUUUUUCAGCUCUUUCAAAUGUAAGCUUUGGGGAGGUCACUCCUGUCAGAAGUGCUACUCUCGAUCUUCCUGUUACAUUGGACACAAAGGACAAUCAUGAGUGAUGCUAUUAAGCCUUCAGAAGCCUGACUCCUAAGGUCACGUGUUCAGACUACUUUUUUUAAAGGAAAAAAAAAAAAAAAAAAAAAAGAAGCUAUUUUAAAUGGGACUCUUUUAAUGAAUUUCAUAAAUGGACAUCUUUUACUGGAUCAGCUUUUCUUAAAACAUGCCAAAAAAAGAAGCUUGUAUUUCAGCAGUUGAAUUUCUCUCCCUUUCUUCCCCUCCCACUAUGCAGACAAUUUUACCCCCCCUGCUUAGAGCAGUUGACCUGACUCUGAAUUUUUUCUUACAGAAUGAAGUGCCUUCUUGAAUGUUAUUUUAAGAUAAAAAUUCAUUUUUGUAUAAGACUUAUUUCCAGACAUCUUUUAGUCUUGUAUUGUCUAAAUGCUUUAAAAGGAAAAAGGAAAAAAAUUUUAUAGAGCACUGUAAUAUAUAACAAAGGAAAAAGUUAAAAACAAAGAUGCUGGGUUCCUGUCUCCACGCUGACAUUAAGUUGUACUACGUUUUGUCAUGCUCAGAAGGUUUAAGUGUUUGUGGGAGGGGGUGAUUUGGGUCACUGAUGUGGUUUUGGAUACAGCUUUGAACAUAUCUGCAGUUGUUUUGAGUAUUAGGGAGUGAUGGAAUUGAGAAAAUAGGGUGACAAAUAGAUCUAAAGCACCUUGACUUCUAGACAGAUGAAGUUCUAUUGUCUCUGCUUACGCACAACUGUCAUGCCUCUCAUCUUUUGGAAAAUCAUUAUCUUGGGAGAACGGGGAGGAGAUCUAUUUAUUAGUUUAAAAUUCUUUCCUUAAAAAGAGACCCAUCCGGGUAAGCUGGAUCUGUAUGGAGCUGUUUGGAGUACUUUUUUCUUUUAAUUGCUGCUACUGUAUUCUCACCAAAUGGAGUUGACCAUCGGCUGUUAAACUGUUUUUGCCACUGUGCCUGUGCUAUGAAACAUUUUCUGUAAGCUGCAAACUUGGGCAAUAAAUAAAACGCAGGCUUCAUAACCCUUAUGUAUUAAUCCUAUGGUAUUCGAGAUACCAAAAAACUCAGUAAAAGGUGACCUGCAAAGGAAAUUUUAUUAACCUUUGUAUUCUUUGUUUCAGUUUAGAUGAAAUCCUCUUCUUUUUUUUUUUUUUUAAUAUAAAAAAGCAAAAAGUAUUCUUCCCUUAUCUGAUUUGUAUUUCUUCUUUUCCAAGGUGUAAUGUACAGGCAGGGAGCUAUGUCAGGCCUUUCCAGAAGGGCAGAAUAACCAGCCUAGAUUGUCUCCAGAGUGGUCCUCUGCUUUGGGGCUGACUAAAUCUCAUCUCUGAAGCUGGAAUUCUGCUUAGCAGCUGUUCUUCUCAAGUGUCAUCGGUACACUGGAAUAACUUUGAAACUAUUUUAAACCCUUUGAAGGAAAAUGCACUUAUUUGUUUUCCUUUCCAGCGUCACCUUUUAAUUAUUUUCCACACCUGAAAUCUACAAACGUAAAAUUUGCAGCUAUAUUUGGUUGCCAUCAAAGAAAACCAAAUGAGAGGAGUUGGUGCUUCUAAUUAGCAUAGUGCUAAAUUCUGAACAGCGGAUCCCCCUUUGCCUUUCCCUUUCUUCUUGAAAAGUCUUGACAGACUUGGGGAAAAAAAAAGAAAAGAAAAAGCGAUGGACUCAUCAUCCUUGUCUAACCCAUUGGUGAAGCAGCUUAAGGAAUCCAUUCAUAGAAGGGCAGGCCAGCCUACACAGGCAGUGAGUAGGUUGGUGUGGGUGCAGUGUGAGCUGGGGGAUGACCUGGCCCUCGCAGUGAGGGUGAUGGAGGCAGCCCAGGAACACUUGUGAGUCUGUGCGGCGUCACCGUUUUGUUUCCUCACCAGUUGGCAUUACCUUAGUACUGUAUGACUCUGUGCCACAACAGAAGACAAAGCUGACACUUAAACGUACAAAAAACAGCAACAACAGCAAAAGCAUACGUUGCUUGGGAAAAAAAAAAACAAAACAACAUAUGGAUUCUGGUUAGUCCAUUAACGUUGACUUUCAGUUUGAGAUUGUUUAAUUUUGUAUUUGAGUUCAGAGUAAUGAAACUGUAAGCUGCCAAAAAGUUUGUUGUCUGAGCAGUAUUUUCAACUGUGUUUGUAGCUCCUGUGUUGCAGAUGCAGUUUGCAGGGAAGUAUUCAGGUCGUAGUUAGUUGUGCAGGUAUGGUAGGAAUGGCUGAAAAUAUUCAAAGACUUUCUCACUAGCAUUAGACCAAACAACCUUCCGAUGAGACGAUGAGUAACCCCCCGAGGCGUCCCCAUUUUACGGUUGUAACCUGUUACAUGUGAGAUGAACAUGUCGUUAGUUUGCAUUUACGAAAGCAGCAAUUUCAUGAACCAGUUGCCUUAAGUCUGUGAAUGAAUGUUGAUUAUUCAAGUGUCUUGUAUUGUUUUCAAAUCUGCAUAUAAUGGACAACUGAACUUCUGUUCCAGGUUCUGGAUGAGCGGUUCCGAUGACGCUCUGUACAACUCCACUCGUUCUGUGUUGUUUAGUUCAGCUCUUGAAAUGCACAAAUUUCCAGACAAAAAAAAACCCUUAUUUUAACUGAGUAAAGCAUUAAAAUGAUACUUGGUGAGAAUACAGAGGGGUGAAACCUAGCAGCAGUUUUGAUCUCUGCUAGCAUUUUAGGAUUCUUUUCUGUAAUGUCUGCUGUAGGUUUGUCGGUCUUGUUGUAGAUUGGGGGCUUUUUCGUUUGCUGUUUUUUUUUUUUUAAUUCAUUCCCACUGAAAUAAAACUUGGAGUGUUCAGAGCUUUCCUGGCUAUUCAAUUUAGGGCAAAGGGAUCAAACCAUCACAUUUGUUUAUUUUGAUGCUGUUGUCGUACGUAAAAAUCCACGUUUUAAGUUAGCACGAAUAUCCAUGCACUGUAUAUUGAAAGCAUCUAGAAUCUAACAAAGCAAUAUAGUUCUCUCCACAAAGCCAGAGAAAUGAGUGGAAUGUCUGCAAGAUUUGCAAUACGGGUAUUUGAUUGUAUUAUAUAAAUACAAGAUCUCAAAAAAUUGAGAUAGGGGGGAAGAAGGUUUUCCUAAAUCUCUCACGUAUUUCCAAGUGCAGUUAAUGGUUCUCAGCUGCACUCCUGGGUAUCAGAGAAGCAUUAAGGGGUCUUUUCCAGUUGAUCGUUCAGUCCAGCAAAAGCAAUGCUGCCUGACCUGAAGUUCCGUUGUCCGUUUUAUGUUGGGUUCACAAAGGUUUUUUGCCUGUAUGGGUAUUUUUAAAUUAAGCUGUAAGGCAGAAUGCCAUCGAUCCUUGAAACUCAGCCGAAGCGUUACGAUUAAAUGGCCGUUUGUAAACCUAGGGCUGUGCAUGGAAUAUUUGUUUGCCGCCGAGGGAGGAUGGCAGCAACGUGCUGUGUUCAUCGAGGUGGCUUCGAAGGAGUAAUUUGUUGUUCGGCCCUUCAGUCUUUCUUAAGCAGCAAAGUCAUACAUGGAAGAAACUCAACACCUGGAGAGAUGGGGCUAUCGGCGGACGCGGUCACUUUAUCACAUGAUGAGACUGGUCGGGGACAACAUAUGGAAAGGACAGCGGUGUGUACUGAUGUUGCAGCUUUGGAAAUGUCAGUGUAACAAAAAAAAAAAAAAAAAAAAAAUCAAACAAAACCACAAACCUGUAGCUAUAUCAUUUCCAAACACGUAAUCCUCUGUUUUACAGAUUCUUUUUAACUAAUAAAACACAGUACCGCACAGCCCUAUUUGUAAAACAAAACCCAGUUUGUGCCUCUGAUUUCCAAGGUGCUGUGAUGUGUGCCUUUGUGGGGCAGGAGGGCAGGUGAGACGCGCGGGGCCGUCGCUGCACACUCGGGGUAACUAUGCAACACCGGCUGUCAGGUCGCUGUUUCACGUUCUGUUGUAACAAUCCAGCUGACAUCUUUUUUUUCUUCUUUCUUGUUAAAGACCUAUGGGGAACUUCUUAACAGAGGAGUUAAGCAAUGGAAAUGUUUCUUGGUGAUUUUUUUUUUUUUUUAUCUAAUAAUGGAGCUGUUUACACUUUAAUGCAAUGAACAAUCCAGCGAUACUUGAGAAACACUACAGAUACCAUAUGAGUGUUUUCAGGAGAGAGAAGUGUUGUCAAUCAGGUUUUGAAUGGUUUCUUUACUGUCACAAAUAAAAAAGAUUUUACCAAUGUA